GAAAAUCUAAGGAUGAGGAACUGACUACUAUUGAAGGCAUUUCAUUUUUUGUGCUCCUCAAAAGGUAGCUUAUAAAUACACAUGCUAUGGCGCAAGUUACUUAUAAUUCAGGAGCUCGGGUCUAUCCAGGAGCUCAUUCUAUUCCUGAAGGAGAUCUACAUCCGGAAGCAAGUGCAAAUCUCGAACAUGAUACUAAUUUAGAAGCUCCAACAAAUCUAGAAGCUCUCAAGAAUGAGCUGCUUACUGAGUCUAAGAGCUACUGUUAUCCAUCCAAUAAGAAAGAGAUACGCCAACGCUACAAGAACACUGCCUACGAGCUAUACAAGCAACUGAAAUACCUGGAGUUCCGGCCAAAUUUCCUGAGCUUUGGGAGUCGGCGGUCGUCAACAAUUAGCAACUAUGGUAAUACUCCUAUUGUGAUGCGACGCUCCGUGAGCAGCAACGGCGAGCUCUCAGGUGUUCAGGCAUAUCAUUUCGGGAGCCUGAGAGGCGUCCCUGCUUCGAUGACCGAACAGGAGGGCAAGUACGGCACUCAGUUUGGCAGUUUAAGAGGUUUGCCUACCACUAAGCGACUCAGUAGAUUUGACGAGGUUGAGGAAGAAACAGCACUCUUAGGCCAACGCGUCACUGACAGUCACGAUGAACUCAAAACGGGGGAGUUAUCUGGUCUACUUGAUAACAAAAGCGAGCGUAGCUGGGAUGCUGCCUCGGUUGACAAUGGCAUGAGUUCAAUACACGGUAAAAAGGCUCAUAAGAGUAAACUUUUCAGGAAGCACAAAGAUCAAUCAGGCAUAUAUAAAGAUAAGUGGAGAGAGAGCAGUGAGGCGUUGAAGGGAGACCUGAGCACCAAAAGUAGUCCUCUACACGAGGUGCAUCACGAUAUCCAAAAGUCGAGCGAAAGUUUAACUUCAGUGAAAAGGAAGAAACUUUGGUGGUUUAGAAGAAAGAAAUCUAAAAUGCCUUAUCCUCUUGAAGAGCAUGCCAUUGACCUCGCGAAGGGAAACGGAGCCAAGUUGCCACAUGUUGAAGAGCGAACAAGUAUGAACGAAAAAGCUGUCAGCGACAAUAACUUGAAAAUUCAACCGACUGAAGACAUUCGAAGUGUUCAUGAAGAAUUAAGGAAGAGUCAGAUUUUGCUGAAAGGAUAUUCUCAACGCAAUGUCGCAGGUUUAAAUUUGAGCAAACGUCUCUCGGGUGCCAAUCAGUCUGUUACAUCUCGCAGCAGCUUAACAGGGUCAGAUUUGAUGAUGAGUGAUAGCAGCAAGAGCUUCAUGCAGUACGACUUACCUCGCACCAAAGAGCAUCACCGUGUAUCGCCUAUUGGCAAAAACAGCGUCUCCGAUAUGAUACGGGAAGGACAAUCAUACGAAGAACAAUUCGAAACGAGUUUAGGAGGAGAUUAUCGAACAACGACCACGUUGCUGUCAGAACGCAAUUCUUCUUCUGAUCGUUAUGACAAUACCUCAGUGUUGGCACCAAUAGCCGUUGGCGAAGAGUGGUUGCCGAACGUGUCUAAUGACCUGAAUCCAGUUGAGCAUGAUUUCGACGCAGAAAAAUUUAACAGUAAUGCUAAGCACACUGACUCGGCACUACAAGAACUAGAAUCUCUAGACCGAAUGUUGGGAGAGCUUCAAGAGGCUCAGGCUAACGAGAGUGUGGUUCAAUACCACAAUAGUGAGAGUUCAGAUGUAGAAUUGAGACAUAACAUGGAGCCUCUAUCACCCGACAGUCGUCCGAUCCGGCCUCUCCAUGUUUCAUCUCCAAUCAAGUCCACAGCGUCGCCUCCUCUCAUCCGUUCCAACGUUGUCAAAGCGGCAUCUCUGCUUGGCCAGGAGCCUUAUCCUCACUCUUUGAUGGACCGGCCUAUCACCUCGAGACUUGCCAAACGACUCUCCUCGGAAAUGGAAGCAAAGGACGCUGCUGCUGACAAGAGUGACUCUGGUAAGAAAUCGAACAUUGCUUACACUCUUACUUUCGAUAAAGAGCUACUGUGCGUUAAUCUAAGAACGAAAUCAGCCACUGGCGGUCCCAGCGAUCCGAUCGCUGUUUCUGCUGAUCCUUCUGCUAUACCUGAGGUGCCUAUCGUUUCGGAUAGAAACCUUCCAUUUGAUAUUGAUAACGAACAGGUGGUCACAUUUGAAAGACAACAUUCGGGAGGAGACGACCGAGAAACAUCUCCGGGGUACAGACUUGCUUACCAAAAGGGUGGCAAAAGAAGCCCCACGCCCCCUCGCAGAAGUCUGCGGAAGAACCCUAAAGUGAUGAGAGAAAAGGACCGUUUAACAACUCCAGGUAUUAGUGUUGGGACUGAGGUAAAAAAUUGCCAAGAACUGCCAUUAGCGGUUCAUCAAGUCGAAAAUUUGUCUACGCCAAAUACGAAUAUAGAGUCGGAAAAGAGAGAGUCGAUAGACAACACAAAGGUCAGUGUCACUCGAGUACUUAGUGAGGAUCCUCAAGAUGAUCCAGUUCUCAGAAUUGAUGUGAGGUCUGCAUAUGUUCAAGAAGCGGAAAAGAAUCCUGAGAAUGAUUUUCCCGUCAGUGUUGAACGAAUUUCUCAGCACAUCGAAGUGAUUGAGUUUAAUAGUGAGCAAAAACCCAUCAGUGAUACCGACUUGGCCGAUACAGAAAAAGUUCAAGUUUGUUUGGAGAUGUUAAAUGAUCUUCCCGAGACAGUCAUUUCGAACGCUCAGGAUUCUGCUGCUCAAAGUAAUGAAGAGCUUAUUGAUAUUGAAGAAAAACCUAUUCCUAAACUGCAACGUCGGAAUACGUUUACUCUUUCGUGUAGCUCGGCGAAGGCAGCAAAUGGUGAGGGACCUACCAACGGAGUUGAAGAAACAAAUGUUAAUCACAGUCAACAAUUUAACGGCAGUAAAGAGUCCUCAGAGACAUUGCGCCGCACCAACGGUGAUUUGUCGGCCAUACCUUUGCCUAAAUCCCCGACUGUGCCGGAGAGCCCAAUGUCCUCAAGUACGAGCUCCCUAAAAUCUCCCAGCCAUGUUGCGGCUGGUAGUCCCAACUUGGGAGGAGCCACUAAAACACGUAUACCUGUGCGACGAGGUGCUACUCCCGAGUCAGCUUCCAAACCGAGAACCACGAGCAAAAUUCCGAUGAUGACGUCCGGAACUCCAGAGCGUUCGUCACUGCGGGGUAAAAUCGGUAAUCGAGUUGGCGUUACAAACAUACCGUCCGUAGGCAUUCCUCCUCGCAUUCCACCUCGCAAACCCAGCAUCACUGACGGGUCUUCUGCCGCUGCCAAAAUUGGUGCCGCCACGUCACCAAUGACGGACAACUUCUUGAAGACAGACGACAAUACCAUUGUUGUGAAGAGAGAGACAUUCAUCCAGAUAACACCUGAAGCCUCGUCUGUUAUCUGUGCUCUUAUGUGAUGCUUGUGGCCACUAAGCGCUGUCGAACGCAGUGUAUUGGAAACUCAUCCGAAACAUAGAAUGAAGAUUGACGUAUGCUUCGUGUGAAGCAAUCCAGGUAUUUUUUGAACAGUGAUCGGUGCCGAAGAAUCGAGUGUAAACGAGUGAUAUUAUUCGGAUGGCAGUGCUGUGUAUAUGUUAGCGUUUCUACUUCGGAUGCCUUAUUGCGUAGAUAUUCUUGUCUAAUUCCUUGGUCAUCCUUGCGCUCCACUCACCUCGGCGUGGAAAUUUUUGGAUGACGUUCCAUUAAAGCAGCUACCCUAAGCAGAGCAAUUCAUGGCUAGUAAAAUUUUGAGUUAUGAAUUAAAAUCCAGUAUUAGUCAAGGUUCAUAUGUCUUGUAGUAAUAUUACUGAAAUGUCGUACAUGUAUCCUUCUUAUGGAGUUUAAAAAUCGUUUAAAUAUAGCUAUCAGGUGGCGUCCAUAACGCCAUUUGUAUCGAAGCACCAACUCUAGCGCGUGUUAACACACGCGCCAUGAAUCUCCUACAGCUAGCGCGGUUCCCGGCUCCCGCACAAUGUAAACAAAACUUCUAGUGCCACAUCCGAGUUCCAGCAAAAUACCCUGUUGCUUUGUGCAUUUUUUGGCUAAAUUAAACUUUGCCUUGUAAUUAUAAUCACGGUGAAUUUUCAUUUUAAAAUGUUUUCAUUGUUUUACUUUUUGGAAAGUAAUAGUAAAUAUUAUCUCAUCGUUUUACACAAUUUAUCAAAUGUUCAUUGCUAUAUUAUUCUGUUCGCAAUAAGAUGUAUCUUCCUGCUCAUGGUUUCGCCGCAUUUCCCUCCAGCGAUACACUUAAUAUCGUUUAAUCUAAGUUUUCGUUUUCUUGCCUGUCUUCUGCAUUCUUGCUGAACGGUAAAUAAUCUUAUACUUUCAACACUUACUGGCCCUUGAAUGCAGCAGCAGUAGAUCAAAUAAUCAGUAUUGUGCCUCGCAAGAUCAUAAGGACUUCUGCUGCAUGGAAAGUUAGCGGUAUUGAUGUGUCUUACUAGAAUAAUUGUGCCGCGGUAUUGGAUUCCCGUGCCGUUAGUGUACGUAAUUAGUGCGAGUCUUGGUGUCGUCGUCUGUGCUGUUGACGCAUCAAAUCUUUGAUGUCUUCAUUAAUUUCAAAUUUCAUCAGUAAUUUUGUUCUAUUAUAUUUUAGCUUUUAGGACGACCUACUAUACUUUUAGCGGGAAUAUUUUUUGUUUGCUCUAGUUACUGUAGUUGAGAACGGCGUAUAGGUGAACUAUAUUAUAGGUACUUUCAUUUACUGUGCUUCGCGUGCCAAUGCUUACGAUGAAUGUUUUUCAUAUAGCGUUACGAUAUGAAGAAUCUCGCAAGUAUCUCUCUUUGCUUUUGAAUUUUUUCAUCUUCUCGUACUUCGAUUUUCAAAAUUUGUCAACACUGCAAAUAGCAGCAAGCAGCUGAUACUUAUGCUGAUAGUUUUCUUGCAAUACUUGUACUGCUCUACUUAGCACCCCUCGUCUCUGCGGUCUGCUUCUGACUGUGUCGAACUGUAGACUGGCUUUUAUCAGUACAAGUAUUGCAAGCUUCGAUAACUGCGGCUGUUUCACUUCUGAUGCCGAGUAAUUAUUCUUAUUCACAAUUAUCUACUUACGCUACGACGAGUGUCAGGGAUGAAAAACUAUCAUUAUUACUGUCGGUAGACAAUCAGAUGGGAUUCCUUUCUCUGUCAUCAAGUCGGCUAGUGUUUACACCAGCGCCCGCUCAGUCCUCACAUGCGUAUGGGUCGAUGUUUGCAGCAGCCUUUAUGGCACGAUUAUCACCGCUGCAACUUGAACAGUCCCACAAAUGUUAGUGCAGCAUUUGGCGAGCUCAUACGGUAUCGAAUGUUCUGGUGUUGGCGCAAGUCGUUCACUGUUAUCGUCAUGGCUUUCUAACAACUUCUCGUCGGUCCAUACGAGCUGCAUUUAAAGGAAGGCAGCUAAAAAAAGUUAGAACGUCGCCACAUCCUUUAUCAAUGAAUUACAUCCGAUUGUUCAUACGAAUGAUGUGCUUGAAAUCUCUUACGGCUCGAUUAUUCCAUGGGUUUGUCACGAGCUUUCUAUAGCAGAACCCGCCACGUUUAAACCAAAGAGUGUGGGAACGAUCUGUGCUCGUUCACAUGCGUCUCUAUUAGCUAUUCAAUAUAGAACUGUACGAUUCUUAGUAUCUCCGCGUUUUAUUUAGAUAGAUCUAUGUUCUUUAUUUUGAGAGGCUUGCAGGAAUAUCUUUAGUCUAAUUUUCAGCCUAAAUGUAUUUUAGUUUGUGUGUGAGUUCGUAUAAGAGGAGCUUUCCUGAAUUUCCAGCGAUGCACGCGCUUUCGCAUUUUUUAUCGAUGUCUUUCCUUAAUUACUUUAUAGUUGUUGUAGCAUUAUUAUCUAUCUAGGAAACCUUCGUUUUAAUUUCCUCUGGCAAUUUUUAUCUUUAUAUUAGUUCUAUGUGUCUAACUUUAUAUUCUCGGUGCUAUUUACAUGUUCCUGUUUGAAAUUAAGUGGAAGCUCUGAUGUUUUGCCCUUCGUUGCGAAAAAAGCUUUCGCAUUGAAGGGGAAAAAUCGACUUUUCGAGCGGAUCGUGAUUUGAAACCUCGGCCACUGUGUGAAGUAGACCUAAUAAGGUCGGUGAGUCUGUGUUGUUAAAUUUACCCCAAUUUCAAUGAUAUUCAAUUCUUCGUACCUCGUAAAUUACGUGUUUUGGACCUCCAUCUAAUUAUACAUGUUCUAAUUCUUUGGCUCUAUUGGUGUAGAUAACGCUAUAUUCGACUUGAAAAUUUAAAUUUGGUGCUGAAUUUUUUUAUUCAUUGAAUUUUAUUAAUUGCGUCUGUUCAUCCCGAAUUUCUCGUAAAGAUUUUUUGAACUGUUAAUUCCACGUAAAAAUGUUCAGCUUUAUUCCGAGCUUCUUGCCCUCUGCCUUCUUUUGUAAUCCUGGGAACGACUGGAGGCGUAAGGCAUACACUUCAAUUGUUUGUCCCUCUUUUACGACUACUAAAGCGAGGCCUCGAGGAGCUGCAGGCCUCUUCUCUCUUUCCUCUCUCUCCAUUUUCUUCUUUCUCUUUCUCUCU